AUGUCUAGACCAGCCGGAAGAACCAUACUAGCUUCAACUAUCGCCAAACCAUAUCAAGAAGAGGUAAUUUCAGCCGUUAAAAGAUUGAGUUUUAGACCAACUCUUGUUGGGUUUUUGGCAAAUGGAGAUCCAGCUGCAAAGAUGUAUGCCAAUUGGACAGGAAAGACUUGUGAAUCAUUGGGAUUUAAUUACAAAUUAAUUGAAGUGAAUAAGAAUGAAUUGGAAACUUCCUUAAUAAAAGCAAAUAAAGAUGAUCAAGUCAAUGGAAUUAUGGUAUAUUUUCCGGUAUUUGGAGAUAAACAAGAUCAAUAUUUACAACAAUUAAUAUCACCUGAAAAAGAUGUGGAGGGAUUAAAUUUUCUAUAUUAUCAUAAUUUAUAUCAUAAUGUUAGAUUCCUAGAUCCACCUCAAAACCAACAGAAAUCAAUAUUACCAUGUACACCUUUGGCAAUGGUUAAAAUACUAGAGUAUUUGGGGGUUUAUAAUAAUAUUUUACCCUAUGGAAACAGAUUAUACGGGAAAAAAGUUUUGAUUGUUAAUAGAUCUGAAAUUGUUGGGAGACCACUAGCUGCAUUAUUAGCAAAUGAUGGAGCAAUUGUCUAUUCAGUUGACAUAAAUAACAUUCAACAAUUUACUAGAGGUGAUGAUUUACUGGAGCAUAGACAUUUGGUCGUAGAUUUGGACGAAAAAGAUACUGUUGAAACUUUAGCUCCUCAAUGCGAUGUCAUAAUCACCGGAGUUCCUUCAGAAAAUUACAAGUUUCCAGUCGAUCUUGUUACUCAUGGUUCUGUUGUCAUAAAUUUUUCAAGUUUCAAAAAUUUUGAUGACGAUAUUAAACAAAGAGCUGGAUUAUACGUUCCUUCAAUUGGUAAGGUGACUAUAUCAAUACUUUUAAGAAAUUUGUUGCGAUUGAUAGAGAACAAAGAGAUUAGAGACGCAGAAUUAAAGCCCAAGGAUACAUAA